CCCUUCUCUUUGGAGGAGACAGCCAUUUUAAGUGGAUGAGUUUCAUUUUACAGCGCAACUGUAGGACGGAGAACCUCAGGACACAAUUUCUACCUAUUUCUCUAACAACUGUUAGUGGGGAAUUGACUACUAUGAACUGAAACUCUUCCUAAAACCAUUAACAAGUACUGUAGAUCCAAGUUAAGUGACGCAUAAGCCAGUAGAGUUGUAAUUUUUUUUGCACCUAAAUGUAGCUAGAGGAAAUGGCUGUGGAAAGCAUGACUGUCCAUCCAAACUCCCCAACAACAACCAACCACGAACACAGUCUUCUCACUGACGAAAGGCGUGAGGAUGGUGAGUUGGAAGAGGGAGAGCUGGAGGAUGAUGGUGGAGAGGUGGAGGUGGCAGAGGAGCCCAGCACCGGGGGAGGAGGAGAAGAUGGAGGUGAAGGUGAAGGAACAGCAGCAGCAGCAGAGGCGGCCCCCCCAGAGAAAACUCACCGCAGCAAAGAGCGCCACGCCAGCGGCGAUGAGAAGGAUGACGAGAAGGCCCGCCGCCACAAGAGGAAGAGGAGAAAAGAGAGGGAGCGGGAGAAGGAGAAGAGGAGAGCCAAGAAGAGACGCAAAUCCAAGCACAAACGUCAUGCCUCCUCCAGUGAUGACCACUCAGACUUUAGCGAUGACUCUGACUACAGCCCAAGUGAGAAGAGGAAGUAUCGGGACUAUAGCCCUACGUACCCCCCUUCUUCCCUUGGAGGUUACCCACCAGCGCCGUCCUCCGGCCACGGUGGCCCCAUGCCUAAGAAGGGCAACUACGUAAAGAUGGACAAGCAAGGCUACGGGGGCUACGGCGAUUAUGAAGAGGAGAACUACGAGGGAGAGGAGGAUGAGGAGAUGGGCGAUGAAGACUACGAUGACUUCACCAAGGAGCUCAACCAGUACCGCAAGGCCAAAGAGGGAGGCAGCGGCGAUGGAGGUGGAAGGGGCAACAGUCGUGGGGGCAGAGGUAGCAAAAAUGGGGUCAGAGGAGGUAAAGGUCGUAUGAAGAACCAGCGAGGUCGAGGAGGCAUGAGAGGAGGAGGGCGUGGAGGUAGAGGAAGAGGAGGGAGCAGGGGUCGGGGGCGAGGGGGCAAGAUGGGUGGAGACAACGAGGACGGAGAAGGGAUGAUGUACGGAGGAGGGGGGGGAGGAGGAGGAGGAGGAGGAGGAGGAGGAGGAGGAGGAGGAGGAGGAGACGAGAUGGAGUAUGGAGAUGAUGACUAUGACCACAUGGGUGAGGAUGACUAUGAUGAAUACUCUCAGUACAGGAAGUCCAAAGACCGUGGAAGGGGUGGCAAAGGUGGGCGGGGACGGGGCCGUGGGAAACAAGGACGUGGUAUGAACCGGGGAGGUCGAGGGCGGAACCGAGGGAGAGGCAGAGGGGGCGGAGACCAGGGUCACGAAGAGGACAACAAUGGAGACAUGGGGGACAUGGGGGAUGGAGGAGGAGGCCAGCACAACAAGCACCAGGGGGACAAGCACCAAGACAAGAAAGGGAAAGCUAUCUGCAAGUACUACAUGGAGGGCCGCUGUACUUGGGGGGAACACUGCAACUUCAGCCACGACAUUGAGCUGCCCAAGAAGAAAGAACUGUGCAAGUUCUACAUCACCGGCUUCUGCGCGCGGGCUGAAAACUGCCCCUACAUGCAUGGUGAUUUCCCCUGCAAGCUGUUCCACACCACCGGGAGCUGUGUGAAUGGAGACGAAUGCAUGUUCUCCCACGAGCCUCUGACUGACGACACCCAAGACCUGCUAAACAAGAUGCUUGCGGAGGAUGCCGAGGCUGGAGCUGAGGAUGAGAAGGAGGUGGAGGAGCUAAAGAAGCAGGGGAUCAACCCCCUUCCCAAGCCUCCUCCAGGGGUGGGCCUGCUCCCGACACCGCCCAGACCAGGGCCGCCUGACAGCUCUGGGGACUUUGGACCUCCUGGACCACCACAGGGCCCCAUGUCCCCCAACGGCCUCCCCGGCCCAGGGCCUACCCAAGGGCCCGGUCCCUGUCCUGGCCCCCCUCCCCCCUACCCAGAAAGUGGCUCCUACCAGGGCCCUCCCAACCCCAAAGGUCCCCCACCACCAUCCAUGGGCCCCCCACCCCCCUGUUCCGGCAAUGGUGGGAAGAAGAUCCCCUCACUGUUUGAGAUCAAGGUGCAGCCCACGGGACAGCUAGCUCAGAAACUAGCUAAUCACAGAGGUCAGACCCCAGGAACUGCCACAGGCCAAGCUGGCGCAACUGGCCCCCAAGGGCUCCCCGGUGGGCCAGGUGGGCCUCCGCCUCGGUUCCCUCCCCCUGGCAUGAUACCCCCAGACAUGUCAAUGGGUCCUCCCCCCAUGGGCCCCGGAGGACCCCCCAUGAUGCCAGGCUUUGGCUCAGAAGGGGGGCCCAUGAUGCCCCCCGGACCUCCUCCAGGGGUUAACUUCUUUGACAGCUUCUUCAACCAGCAGCAAGACACAAAUAUGGACGGGGUGGUGGAGGAAGGUGAUGACUUCCAGGGCUUUGGAGGGAUGGACAAGAAAGAAGGAAGAGGAUCGGGAGGAAACCAGAGCUCCAUGGGAGGCCCAGACAUCCCCGCGAACGGAGGCUCGGCCAGUCAGCAGGCGGGGAUGGGCAUGCCCGACUUCCUGCCGCCGGCCCAGCGCAUGCUGUUCCUGAGAAUCCAGCAGAAACAGCAGGAGGAUGAGGAGAGGGCCAGAUUGGCCAAGGGGGGAGGAGAGAGGGAUGCGGACGGUGACUCAGCUAACUGGUACUCCAGUGAGGAUGAGGAUGGAGGCGGCAGUGUCACAUCCAUUCUGAAGACGCUCCGCCAGCAGAGCCAGGGACCCCCCAAACCUGAGGGUCCCCCCAGCGACCCCCGCCUCCAGAAAGGCUCCCCAGCGCACCCCCCCAUCCGACCGGCAGACCCCCGCCAGGGGGACCCCCGGCUGGCUCGUGAUCCCCGCCUCUCCCGGGCCACAGACUCUGCCCAGGCCUUGGACUCUCCCAACCCCUCCUCGGCAUCCACUGUCACCCCUGCAGACCCCCGCCUGGCCCGGCUCGCUACCGCCACCCUCACCCCUAAACCAGACGCCCCCCUGGUGUACAAGCCCCCGCCCCUCACGGCUCCCCCUGCAGAGGAGGAGGAGACAGAGAGGGUUCUGAGGGACAAGCCUGUGCCCAUCCCCCUGGACCCCCUGAUGGGCAUGGCCCUGAGGGACCCACGCUCCCAGCUGAAGCAGUUCAGCCACAUCAAGAAGGACAUUCUCCUGCACAUGCCCCCGUACGCUAAGACAGUGACAUGGAACCCCGAGGACCUCAUCCCGAUCCCAAUCCCUAAACAGGACCUCCUCCCCCUCCCCCCAGGCAUCCCCCCUGUCUCAGCCCUGGACCCCCGCCUCUCACGCAGCCAGCAGCGGAUCCACACGGCCCUCCCCCCUACCCCACCCAUCCCCCCUCCCUCCUUAGAACCCCCCGCCCCAGCCUCCUCCUCCCUCCCAGACUUUGAGCUGCUCUCUCGCAUCCUCAAGACUGUUAACGCCUCAUCCAGCCCCUCGCAGUCAUCUCCUCCUCUCCCCCUCGUCCCUCCAACAACCCUCUUGCCGGCGCCUCCUGCUUUGUUGCCCACCCCUGUCGACAAGCCCGUCGAUCCUCGAAUGGCCCGCAAAGCCCCCGCUGACCCACGGCUCCAGCCGCAGAAAUCUGCCCUGAAGCAGCCUUCAGAGUCCCCUGUCCCCCCUCUGACGGUCUCCCCGGUAGCCCAUCCACCCACCACCGGUUCCUCCUCCCCCGCCAUCGCCCCCUACGACCCUCGGCUACUGUCUGCAGGUGGGGUAGGCCGUGGAGGGGGAGCGGGUGCAGUUGGUGGCAGCAGUGUGCUGAGUGGGAUCAGUCUAUAUGACCCCCGGACUCCUAGUGCAGGUAAACUUGAGGGCCCUGGUGCCGCCACAAACACAACCCCCAGCAGCGGCCCCACAGAGCCCAAACCUAGUGAGGUGGCGCCAGCCAAGCUCAAGGCCAAGGAGCCCCUGUUUGUCCGUAAGUCUGCCCUGGACCAGCCGGAGCCAGAGAAGAGCAGUGAGCAGUCCACUGACCGCUACAACAGCUAUAACCGGCCCAGGCCCAAGCCUGCACCCUCGCCCUCCACCGGGCCCCCCGGAGGUCCUGCUGCUUCUGGCUCCUCCGUGGCCGGACAGGGUCCCCCUGGUGCUGCUGACCAGGCCCCGGCGGGUGUCCACAACCUGCCUGUGUCCUCGCUCUUCACCAUGGUGAAACAGGCCAGCAAGCCCAGCGGCUCCGGCAGCCCCUUUGGUGGGAACAGCCCUGCCCAGCCUGGUGACACCACCACCACCACGGAGCAGGACAAUGCUUCUCUGAAGGAGGUUUUCAAAGGCUUUGACCCCACGGCAUCACCCUUCUGCCAGUGAUAUCUGAGCCUAUCCACCUGGCUGGUUGAACAUUGUUUUAGACACGAACACUGAACGCAUCAGCAAGGAGCGCACUGAGGCGGGAGCCGGACUGGCCACAGACGGUGAACAUUUGAACGUGUGGGUCAGGCGUCACACCUGCAGUGUUUGCUAAUUAGAUUCUAUAACAGACUUUGGGGCGGG